UGGGGUGGGGGCGGGACCUGGCCGGGCGCCGUGAAGGGAGGAGUCACGGCGGCGCCUCCGACUUUCGCUCCCACGAGCCCUGCCUCCGAGGCAGAGGAGCCGGACGAGGAGCCGUCCGAGUCGCCGCCGCCGCCGCCGCAGCCGGGAGUCUGGCGCUGCCCAAAACCGUCGGGCACUGGGCUCGGCCGCCGCCGGCAGAACAUGGCGCCCUGGACGCUGUGGCGCUGCUGCCAGCGCAUCGUGGGCUGGGUGCCGGUGGUCUUCAUCGCCUUCGUGGCCGUCUGGUCCUACUACGCGUACGUGGUGGAGCUGUGCGUGUUUACUAUUUCUGGAAAUGAAGAAAACGGAAAGACCGUUGUUUACCUUGUGGCUUUCCAUCUGUUCUUUGUUAUGUUUGUAUGGUCCUAUUGGAUGACAAUUUUCACAUCUCCCGCUUCCCCCUCCAAAGAGUUCCACUUGUCCAAUUCUGAAAAGGAACGUUAUGAAAAGGAAUUCAGCCAGGAAAGACAACAAGAAAUUUUGAGAAGAGCAGCAAGAGCCUUACCUAUCUAUACCACAUCAGCUUCAAGAACGAUCAGAUAUUGUGAAAAAUGUCAGUUGAUUAAACCUGAUCGGGCGCAUCACUGCUCAGCUUGUGACAUAUGUAUUCUUAAGAUGGAUCAUCACUGUCCUUGGGUGAAUAACUGUGUGGGAUUUUCUAAUUACAAAUUCUUCCUGCUGUUUUUAUUGUAUUCCCUAUUAUAUUGCCUUUUCGUGGCAGUAACGGUUUUAGAGUACUUUAUAAAAUUUUGGACGAAUGAAUUGGCAGAUACACGUGCAAAAUUCCACGUACUUUUUCUUUUCUUUGUGUCUGCAAUGUUCUUCAUCAGCGUCCUCUCACUUUUCAGCUACCACUGUUGGUUAGUUGGAAAAAAUAGAACAACAAUAGAAUCAUUUCGUGCACCCACAUUUUCAUAUGGACCUGAUGGAAAUGGUUUCUCUCUCGGAUGCAGUAAAAAUUGGAGACAAGUCUUUGGUGAUGAAAAGAAAUAUUGGCUACUUCCAGUAUUUUCAAGCUUGGGUGAUGGUUGCAGUUUUCCAACUCGCCUUGUGGGAAUGGAUCCAGAACAAGCUUCUGUUACAAACCAAAAUGAGUAUGCCAGAAGUAUUGGCUCAAAUCAACCUUUUCCUAUCAAACCACUUAGUGAAUCAAAAAACCGCUUGUUGGACAGUGAAUCUCAGUGGCUAGAGAAUGGAGCUGAAGAAGGCAUCGUCAGAUCAGGGACACAUAACCAUGUUACAGUGGCAAUAGAAAAUUGAGUACCACUUGUUCAUAACUAACCAUUUGAAUAAGAGCAAGGUGUAUAAAAACAUAUUAUGGACUGAUAUUUUCGAUUUCACUUGUAAGAAAAUGAUCAAUGGAUUGAAAUAAUUGAAGUAUAACAGAAGAUAUAUUUUUUAAAAAAGGAAGCCUUUGUACAGUUCGCUGGAUUCACAGAAGCACUACUCCAGAGCAGAACGAUGCCUUAAUCUUAAAUGUCCAUUUGUACAACUUGACUUACACCUACAAAAGUAACUUAAUUUUACUCUGGAAAUAACACUUACCUGUUAUGAGAUGCUGUAAUAUGAGCUGUCAUCACAUGUUAACAUGGCAUAUGUAUUUUUUUUUGAUACCUGAGUUACAUUAUUAGAGUUGUUUCUUAGUAUCCAUGUAAAGUUUCACUCCAAAAACACAAGCUAAAAACUUGUCUUAAGUAAAGUACAUCUAGGGCAAAUGGUGGCUGAAAGUGAAUAAUAUCCAAAUUACUGUUGCUUGUUCUGUAUAAGGAUAAGAAAAUAACUGCUUUUUUAAAUUGGGCUUUGCUAAUUUAUAAUUACUUUUUUAUACUUUUCAACAUUUUUAAUAAAGUUUUUUUGUUUGCCUAUAAAAUAAUACUCAGAGGGAUUCAGAUAUCUAAAUAUAAUCAUUGAGAACAUAGAACACAUUGGUAUAAUUCAUCAAAGGCUUAGUUUUAAGUAUUAAUACAACCAUGUAAUAUAGUGUGUGCCCAAGGCUUAAAAGACAUGUGGCAGUAUAAGAAAUAUUUUUAGUUCUCUCUACUUUUUAAUAACUUUUUAUGUUGAACUUUCAUGAGUGUAUAUAUGUGGGCAGGCAAACAUAAAGUUACACAGUAGGAAGAGGUGGGAAUGCCUAGAAGAAAAGCAAGGACAGUAGAGGCAGGAUAUUAUAAGCUGUUAAAAAAUAUUUCAAAUCCUAAAGAUAUUUUGAAUAAAACAUGCUGUUGAGUUGACUUUCAAAUUUCAUUUUAGGUGGUGACUAAAAAUUACUUUGAAACUUUUUACAGUACUCCUAUAACAGCUUAAAUAGUGACUUAAAAUGCAGUUCAAACUAGGGAAAAAAACUAUUUAGAAUAACAAGGGUCUCAGGAAGAAAUUCUAACCUAAGUAGCCAUUUUAAAUUCCCCAGUCUCUGAAAAGUGGGUUCCACUCUUCAAUGCAUAAUCUUAAAUCUGACUAGAUACAUUUCUCCUUUUUUCUUUUUAAAAUCUAACCUAAGUGUCAGAAAUUAUUGCAUUAAUUUUAAACAAAAUACAGUAUCCUAUAAAAGAUAAAUAGUGUAGAAAUGUUUAUUUAUACUGUUUAGUCAAACACACACACACUCCCCAGAAUGACUGAUUGCUUCCAGUCUGUGGGUAGAGCUAAAUCUCACCAGCAUCUGUGAGUAUCAAAGGUUAUAGUCUCCUUAUAUGUAAAAUGGGAUUGUAGGGGAAGGGUGUUGUAAAUGAGUUGGACUGGAUGACUUUUAACAUCCUGUGAUGGCCAAUUUUACAAAAUGACCCUAGUUUUCAUUCACCCAACAAAUUUUUUGGAGUAACUUCUAUACUCCAAACAGUAUACUAGGGUUACCUCUGUCAUUGUCUAAUGUAACAAAUUUUAUAGUUGCUAUUGUAGGUUUACAAUUUGUAAGAUUUGCCUAAUUUCCAUUGGCUGUAUUAUUACUAGAUUUUAAAAGGAAGAAUCUUUUUUUUCCCUUUGAAACAAAGGAAUGAGUUAGCUUUGAAAACACAGUUUGGAAUACUAUAGUAUGGAUUCUUCUAUCUUCAUUUCAACUCUCUAGGCUUAAUCAUCUUGAUUCUAGGAAACUAGAAUGGAAGUUAAAAGAUAUCAAUUGCCAACCAAAAACAUAACUUCACUUUGACAGUGUGCAUAUUAUAAGGAAAUAGUAAAUGUUUAAACAUACUUGACUACUUUCAGAAUGUUCUGGUACUUUUUGUGUUUCUACAUUUAGAUCAAAAGAUUUACAUGCACUGGCUACCGACUGAGGAAACAUAAUUUUCCGAUUCAGGCAAUUUUGUGGUAUUGUAAUCUCAAUUCUUUUAAUUUCUGUUAUUUAACAUCAUCUUUAAUAGUACAGUAAACACCUUUCCAGAAAUUUUCAGUUAAAGCCUUUUAAUUAGUUAUCUUUGGUUUCAUUUAUGGCCAACAUUUUACCACAUUCUAAAUAUUAUUUAGCUGAAUUUAUUCAUACAUAUUAAUGACCAUUCAUCAAGGGUCCACAAGUGGUAUGGGUAUUGGGGAAAGGCUGCCUCUUUGGUAUUUCAACUGGUAUUGAUUAUUGCUAUCAACUAUUUGGGGAGAAAAGGUCAAAAGGAAGCCCUGUCAAAAUUAAUAAGUACUAUCUUUGGUCCUUUAAAUACUUGCAUGAACAUUUGUGAUAACACCUAAGGAAAAUAAAGUUGAAUUUCAGGUCUUGCCAUUGCCAUUAAAAACAAAUUAGACAGGAGACUUGGUUUACCCGUGUAUAAAUUUACUUGAAUAUUCAGUACCUGAGACUAUGCCAAACCAAAGAGCAGCUGCAGUAUAUUAGCUAUUAAAAAUGAACACGUUUACAAAGUUUAGUUUCAUCUUUACAUAAGAAUGAUAUUUUUAAAACUUUUUACAUAUCUAGUGGUAUAAUCUAAUAUGUCAUAAGUGAGUUUAACUGUCAGGUUGGUUUAAAUCAAAUAUGCAAUGUUUACUUGAAUUUUAUUUCUAUUAGAAAGCAGAUUGUGACUAUGUUUACAGGAUUGUUUAAAGAUUAUCAGACAUGAGAUCUCCAUUCAGUUAUCUUUAAAGUAAAUGUAUAUUAAGGGCUUAGUGUUUGGAUCUGCAUAUUUGGGGCAUUGAAUAGUUAGUCACUUACAAGUAAGUUUUGCUUACAAAAUUUUGUUCUAGGGACUAGCACUGCUAUCAUUGGAAAGUAUUUUUAACUAAUCUGUUAUUAAGAAAUUAAUCAUAUUUUUGCAUUUCAGCCAAAAUAAAGACCAUGUCUAAUAAUCUGUUAGAUACAGAUAUGUAAAUCUGAAAUCCAUAUGUUUCAUAUGAUCUAAACUGUAUUUUCCAAUUUAAAUUAAAAAUGUAAUAUAGAUUCAGAAAGUUCCAUAUUUUUCUAAUGACUUCAUUCUAUAUUUGUUGGGUUGCAUAAAGCAGGAAGGACUUGUGUUUGUUAAAGAUUAACAGAUUAAGAAAGCUAUUAGUCCAGUUUAUAAUAUUUGUACAUGAUUACAGAUGAGUUUGCCCAUUUAAAAGAAAAGAUGGACACUAUUUUAAAGUGAUCUUUAAUAUGCUUUUAUAUAAACACAUUUGAAGUACAGUUUACUUUGGUUGUCUUUACUCAACAAGUACCAUAAGCCUUGCAUUUGUUCUCAUUUGUAUCAUCCUAGACCAUGACUCAAUGUUAACUCUUUGCUUUGUCUUUUGGAUGGCCUAACCUACAGUAACAUGUAUGCAGAAUAUUUUAAAACUUUUUUUCAAAAAUCAUAAUGAUUUACUUUAUUAAUAAAUAAAGUCUUGUAUUUGAA